UGGCGGAUGUGUACGAGUCUGGAGUGCGAUCCACUGUGAUAUUUUUCUUUUUAUUACUGUAAUGUGUUCUACUCCCCCCACAAAAUGAACCAUAGGUUUAGAGGAGAAAGAGGCACAUUCAAUAGAGAAGGAGGAAACGUAUCCAGUAGAUUUGUUUCUCCAGGACCACGACGUGGUAACUUGAACGGCUCUAGAUCAAGAGCUAACUACGGUCAUGACGGUCGAUACGGAGGGCCGCAGUACGGAUACCAAGAGGAAAGUCGGUAUCGACAACAUCAACAUGACCAUUUUGAAGAAGACAUUGCAAAACUUUUGAAGAAGACACCAGAAAACACACGGCUUGAGUCAGGUAUUGGUCAAGAGAGACAUAAUGAAAAAUCUAAAAAGCCGACAAAAGGGUCACAACAGGAUUAUCAGGAGCCCCCGUCACCUCAUCGUCAAACAACAGAGAUAGAAAGAGGUGUAAGCAAACAAUUUAAAACACCAUUGCUUCCUCUUCCAAGACAAGAACACCAGCAGGUACAAAAAUGCCCGAUGUCGUCACCUGGGGAUCAGCAAACUCAACAGUUUGGUCAUGAACCCAUCCAAGCAAGGACACCGGCUACAGGAGGUGCUGGGAUUAAUGAUCCUAAUAGACUUGGUGAUAGUUCAGCCAAUACCAAUAUCAGUACAUGUAACCAGGACAUGGAUUCAAAUGCAAAGAAUGUUAGGCCUGAUGCAGUUCAGCAGGUAAUCCAAACAUCAAGGAGUGAAAUCAAGAUAACAUUAGACUGUGAUAAGAAAUCUGAUGAAGAUGAACAAAAGGAAAGAAAGCAAGAAGAAAAUACAGUUCCAAAAAAAGGCAUUUUAAAAGUAGAAAGACGUAAUUUCUGUGAGCAGUGCCACAUCUUCAUCAAUUCAGAGACAUUGCUCAAACAUGAGAGCGGUUUAUUACAUAAAAAUCAACUUGAGAAAUCAAAGAGGGAGGCGGAUGAAAUAUCAGCCAAUAAAAAAACAGAGAAGAAAGAUGCGGAGAAAGUAUUGGCAGAUAUAAAAAGAAAGAAAAGAGAUGAAGAAGAAGAUGAAGAGGAGGAGGAAGACACAUCAUACUGUCGUUACUGUGACCAAUCAUUCACUAACCCUAUCAGUUUUUACACACAUACCAGGGGCAUGCUUCAUACUCAAAGACUCAUGGCAGCUGAAAGUGAUCAAUCACAGAAAUCAUCGAAGGAUCAAGGUCCCUUCACCACAGUGACGACCAAAUCAGCUGAAGAGGAGACCAGAGGAAUCAAGGUUGUUACACAUGUCCCUAUAGCGGCUGUUGAGGAAGAUAAUUGGAUGGACCUGGAUGAGGGCACCACGGAAAAUGAUAAAAUCCCUUUGGAGGAGAGGGACCUGGCUCCAGAUGACAUCCUUACCAAGAAUACUAGCAUGUUACAUUGUGAGAUAUGUAAUAUUACCUGUUCUGGUGAAGGACCUAUGCAGCAGCAUCUGGAUGGAGCUAAACACAGAAAUAAAGUGGCAAAAGCAAAUGCAGGGGAUCUUCCUGUGGUGUCGAAGUAUGUGCCUACUGCGACUGACAACAAAAUGUGUGAAGUGGAUACGGAAGCCCUGAUCACUAAAACUCUUGCCAAAAGUUCAGUUCCGCUGAUAGGCAUACAGUAUGUGACAGAGUUUCAGCCUGAGGAGGGACAGCCCCGAUACGUUUGUAACCUAUGCGAAUCCAAGUGUGAUGGCAACACUCUCACUCCCCAUUUGUCUGGUAUAAAGCACAGACUGAAGUACUUUAAAGCCCAUCAUCCUGAUAUCCACUCUCAUCUCACUACUUACAACAGCCUCAGGAAAAAGUCUGACCUCAUUGCAUCCUGUGUGAUUUUCGCUGCUGAUGUUGUAAAGAAAGAAGGUCCACAAAAGGUCAAGGUCAAAAUGGAGAUCAGCAAACGGUCGGCCAUUGCGGCAGAAACUCUUCUGAAACGCAGCGGUAUCAACAUCCCUAACUCGUCUGUCACUGAUUUCAUCAAAGAGAGACAAGCCCUGAAACGAAUACGAGAAGGUGUUGAUGAUGAGCAUGCCAGUCCAAAGAAACAGCCGUCUAGGAUUGACAAGGUGGGAUAUAAAACAGAUGUCCAUAUCGGUCUUCGCACAGAAAAGUUACGACAUGAAAAAGAUGACCAUAAUGAAGAUAUCGAUCAUCGUACAAAGGGCCUAAGAGUGCCUAAUUAUUCAGAUAGGCAUCCAUACUAUUUUGAAGAAAGAGAUCGAUACCAUUAUCCUGAAGAUGAUCCCUACUUUGAGGCACGGGCAAGACGUGGUGGAGACAGAUAUACAGACUUCCAUGAUGAUCAGAGUUAUGGGGCGAGGGGACAGGUUUAUGAUUACAGCGACGAUUUGUCUAGGAGUAAAGACAGAUUAAUUUUCGAUUAUAGCGAUACAUCAUCCGGGUCUGGUGAAAAACUUGUGUUUGAUUACAGUCAUAAUUCAUCAAGAAUUAGUGAGCCGUUCGUAGAGAAACAGGAAAAGCUGAUAUUUGAUUACAGUGAUAUAUCCUCGAAGCCAAAUAUUAAACAGGUCUUUGACUACAGUGAUAUAUCCUCGAAGCAAAAUAUAAAACAGGUCUUUGACUACAGUGAUAUAUCCUCGAAGCCAAAUAUAAAACAGGUAUUUGACUACAGUGAUAAGUCAAAGCGGACUACAGAGGAUAACAGUGAUGGGUCUUCAAGUACAAGUGAGAAACAGGUAUUUGAUUACAGCCGUGCAUCGUCAGAAAAGAGAAAGAUGCUUGUGUUUGACUACAAUGACGAUUCGUCACAGGGCGAUGAGAGCGUUCUUGAUCACGAUUACAGACGUAAAUCUGCAAGGACAAAUGAAAAACAUGUGUUAGAUGAAGACCUUAGGGAUAAAUCAUUGAGGCCAGGACAAAACAAACCUAGGUCUGAUUUACAGCAAUCUUACCAAGGUCAAGGUCGUUUAGAGAGCCCAGCUAGUGUACAGACGGCAAAGGAUGACGAGAUAGAAAGUGAGAGACUCUUCAAGGAGUUCAUGAAAUGGAAGAGAAAGCCUAUGACUGCUUCUAGCAGUGAUAUUGAUCCUAGAGUAGGGAACAUGGCCAGUUCAUCAGAGCUCCGGGCAUCGAUUCCUCCAGUUACAGCGAUGAGCCACUCUACCAUUCCGCCUGCACCCCAUCAACUUACCCAAGCUUUGCCAUAUCGGAGUGUUCCACCUGCACUUCAGCAUUUGGUCCCUGGUGCAUCUUUUCCUGUUCGAGCUCCUCAGCAAUUCAUUCCAGCUCGACCUCCACAGGGUGUUCAAGCUCCAACCCAACAGCCUGGUCCUUCACUGAAGAAAUCAGGGGAGCUAAGAAAGAAAAUAAUGGAGGACCAGUCUAUCCCAGAUGAAAAAGUCAAUGAGAUGCUUGGAGCUCUAUCGCAGACUAUGAUUAAGAGUGAGGACGAGGCUGCUAUGGCUUUGCAAGUAUCCAAUGCCCUUACGCAGGCACUGCUAAAGUUUCGUCUACAGAAUGUUCCAGAGCAGAUGGCGAAGUCAACCAGCAACGAUCCCCAGAGUAAGGCCAUUAGGGAACAGAAUUUUAUGGUCACCCAACUCACCCAGCACCUAAAGCAGAGUAUAGCCAAAGACCUGCAGGCCAAAGACAAGAGCCCUGUACAGCAGACAAAGAGUCCAAUACUUCCUAUACACACCGCAGGCGGACCGAUACAGACUCCUCAGGUGCCAGGCCCAAAGACGGUGCCAGGCCCAAAGACUGUACCGCUGGGUGCACAGCAAUUCAACGCCUACAGCAUAAAGGGGGAUAGGGGUGAAAUAAACAAGCAAGAAAUGAAAGCCUGGAAAGAGUCUCUGAAGAAAAAGGCACAAGCUAGUUCAUCCCACCCAUCCAUACCUAAACCUGUGCCACCCCCUCUCCUUCCAAUGGAACCCCCACCUCCCCUCCCAAUGGAACCCCCACCUCCACUUCCAAAUGAGCCCCCACCUCCCCCACCAAAGGAGCCAGCCCCUCCCCUCCCAAGCGAGCCAUUACCUUCACAUCUCAGGAGUCAGUCAUCUUUCCAACACAAAGGUCCACGACAUCAGCCUCCCAGGGGUGGACAACCUCCCCACAAUCAAAGAAGAUCCAAAAUGUCACGCUUUUGACAACUUCACACUCUUUAAAGUGAGGGACCCCCUAGUCAAUUUGUUUCUGUCUUCAGUGGGUUUUUCCUGCAUCAGUGUUAUUUUCAUGAUAGCGGCAGUUUUGAACCCUUUUACCAUUGUAGACCAUAAUGGACGCCCCUAUAUCAAUGCAGGGUAGAGUCAACUGAAGUUAUGUAGGGGUGAAAGGGUUAAGAUGCACAAGCAAAUGUACACAGGUCAAUAUAGCACAACCAGUGAAAUGUAUAUAUUUGAUGUUUUGAUAACUACUAUGGUAUGUACACUGUCACUUUUAUCAGCUACAAUUAGAACAUCUGUCGGAGUGUCCAUAUCAGGGUAUAUGAUUCCACUAGCGUGACGGCUCGGGCUAGUAGAUGUUAUGCUUGAGCUAAAAAAUGUUUUCAAUAUUUGUUAUAAAAAUAUAGUUUAGGCUAGUAGAACUUUUCAAAUCAACCUGUCCUCUAGUAUUCUAAAAAUGAAAUUGUACAUCCCUGUAUAAAGUACUAGAAAAAUCACACAUAAACAUUGCACUGGUUGUGCUAUAUGAAUUGAUGUACAUGUUUUACUUGCCAACCUGAAGAAACUUAGAAAACAAAAAGUGAGCAUGGACCUUAAUCUUCAUAAUUAAAGAAAUAAUUAUGACAAUAAAAUCUGGAACCUGGAUCUCAAUAUUAUUUGAAAUCACAUUUGUUCAUAUUUGUUUCAAAAAAGCUCUAUAUGAAAUCGAAUGUGAUACAGGAAAUGUCCUAUCAUCUCAUCAACAGUCAGCCUACCUGUACCUUUUUAGUUAGGAAUUCCAUCCUUAUUAUUUGAAAAAAUGGCCUAUUUUCAUGGCGGUCUUAUUUUCAAAAUCAUUUAGUCAGUAAGCCAAUAAAGGUACUAUAAUGUAUUCUUUUUUUGCUUGCAAAAUUAUGAUGUCAUAAUGUUUCUUAAAAUGAAAUUUGAAUUGUCAUUACUAUUUUGUUUUUUAUUUAAUCAUUGCAUUAUAAAAUCAUAUGAUGUGAUGUAACACUGUAAAAUCCGUUUAUUUUGACAGUAAAAAUAUGGCUCCUACUCCUAUUUUUGGAGACGGCUUAUUAUCAAAACAUGGAGUCAAAGGCCUACUUUCAAUAUCAGUCGAUUUUCAAACCAGGUUCAUAAUAAAACAUUUAGGGUAUGUAUUUGUAAUACCACAGUAAUAGUACCUUGAGAGUUUCUAUGUAGACAAAAAGAAUCAAUUAUAAAAAUUUUUCUCAUUUUCUUUUUAAAAGGUUUUCCUUGUGAAAAAAAUAUCAGCAAUGGCCUGUUUGUACUGACCUCCUGUCUUAUCUGACCAAUAUGUUGUGUUCACCAGGUGUCAGUUUAGUCAGGUUAAUCUGACAAACAGGUAAUGUUACAUAGGGUAUCAGUUUAGAACAGGUUAAUCUGGCUUAUAAGUUGUACUCAAAAGGGUAUCAGAUAAGACAGGUCAAUCUGACAAAUCUAAGGUAAUGUUCCAUAGGGUAUCAGUUUAGACAGGUAAAUCUGGCUCAUAAGUUGUGCUCCAUAGGGUGUCAGAUUAAGGUCAAUCUGACAAAUCUAAGGUAAUGUUCCUAAGGUUGUAAGUUUAGGCAGGAUAAGCUGGUCAGUAGGUUCCAUAGGGUGUCGGAUUAGACAGGUUAGUCUGACAAAUCUAAGGUUAUGUUCCUAGGUUGUAAGUUUAGGCAGGAUAAACUGGUCAGUAGGUUCCAUGGGUUAACCUGAUCAUUAACUUGUGUACCACAGGGCAUUGGAUUAGAGAGAUUAAUCUGACCAAUAAGUUGGGACUCAUCCAUAUGGUGUCAGAAAAGACAAGUUUUACUGUAGGUCAUUUUGUUAAAAAACAGGAAAUUCUAACAUAAUCUGUAGGUUUCAUUUUUUAGGGUUUUUGAGAAGGCUCACUGUUAAUUCAACAGCUCUGCUGGCAUGCUGAUAUUUUGUGUGGGGGUUCAACCUGAAGGAUGUGAGGAAUUUCAUCAAAGGAAUAAUGUAUAAACACAUGCAUGGAUUUGAAACCAACUGUAGCUAUUUUGUAGAUACAGGUAUUAGAAAAACAGAAUAAAAGAAAGAUGUGAGUUUGUAAUAAACAAGUGUACCUGUUCAUGUGUAUGUUUAUAUGUGACAGAGUUAUUGCCCUUGUGUAGCUACAAUGAUAGUGCCUUAGGCUUUAAAAGGCAUGUUUUGGUCGAGUGUCUCAAUUUUUACGAAAGUGGAGUGUAUGCAAGUAAAUGUCAGAGUUGAAAAAGAGUUGUCUUGUGCUGAUUUUUUAUUGUACUGUUUAAUUUUAUUGAGAAUUAAACAAAAUUUCAUAAAA